AGUUUAGUGUGGAGGUGGACGCGCAGCAGAGGGCUCAUCAUGGCACCACUUGGAUUAAAAGCCAUUGUUGGAGAGAAGAUAAUGAAUAAUGUCAUCAAGAAGGCAAGAGAGAAAGGAAAAUGGAAGGUGCUGGUGGUGGACAAGCUGAGUAUGAGGAUGCUCUCCUCCUGCUGUAGAAUGACAGACAUCAUGUCAGAAGGAAUCACCAUUGUAGAAGACAUAACCAAGCGGCGCGAGCCUCUGCCCAGCAUGGAGGCCAUCUACCUGAUCACACCCUCGGAUGAGUCUGUUGAGGGUCUGAUUGAUGACUUUAGAGACCCGCAGUCUCCGAGAUACCGAGGCGCUCAUGUCUUCUUCACCGACACAAUCCCAGACUCGUUAUUUGGACUGUUGACCAAAUCCCGCGCCUCCAAAGCCAUGAAGGCCUUGACAGAGAUCCACAUCGCCUUUCUGCCCUAUGAAUCACAGGUCUUCUCUCUGGAUAAAGCCGAUGCCUUUCAGGAUUUCUACAGCCCCUUCAAGGCUGACAUGAAGAACAACAUGCUGGAGCGCUGUGCCGAGCAGCUCGCCACCCUCUGUGCCACUCUUAAAGAGUAUCCUGGAGUCCGAUACAGAGGGGAGUACAAAGACUGUGCAGUUCUGGCUCAGAUGCUUCAGGAGAAGCUGGACGGCUACAAGGCUGAUGACCCCACCAUGGGAGAGGGUCCAGACAAGUCUCGUACUCAGCUGGUCAUUCUGGAUCGUGGCUUCGAUCCUGUGUCACCUCUCCUACAUGAGCUCACACUGCAGGCUAUGGCCUACGACCUGCUGGCCAUCGAGAACGACGUCUACAGCUUUGAGACCAGUGGGAUGGGAGAGACAAGAAUGAAGCAGGUAGUACUGGAUGAGGAUGACGACCUGUGGCUGUCUCUGAGACACAAACACAUUGCUGAGGUGUCAACGGCUGUGACUCGUUCUCUGAAAGAGUUCUCUGCAAGCAAAAAAAUGAACACUGGAGAAAAGACCACCAUGAAGGAACUGGCUCAGAUGCUGAAGAAGAUGCCUCAGUACCAGAAAGAGCUCAGUAAGUAUUCGACCCAUCUCCACCUGGCUGAGGACUGUAUGAACCGCUACCAGGGCACUGUGGACAAACUCUGUCGUGUAGAACAGGAUCUGGCGAUGGGCAUAGAUGCAGAGGGUGAGAAGAUAAAGGACCCGAUGAGGCUCAUUGUACCCGUUCUGCUGGACGCCAACGUCAGUGUGUGUGACAAGAUCCGCAUCAUCCUGCUCUACAUCUUCCUUAAAAAUGGUGUGACUGAGGAGAACCUGUGUAAGCUCCUUCAGCAUGCCAACAUCCCACCUGAGGACAGUGACAUCAUUUCCAACAUGGCCCACAUGGGCGUUCCCAUUGUCUCUGAGGGCACCACCAAGAAAGCCAAAAAGCCCGACCGCAAGGAGCGAAUCAGUGAGCAGACCUACCAGCUCUCCAGGUGGACUCCUCUUGUCAAGGAUCUCAUCGAGGACGCUAUUGAGGACAAACUUGACCCCAAGCAGUACCCGUACAUUUCCCAGCGACAAGUGUCCUCCAAAGCCAGCGCUCCAUCAAGCAGCAGUGCUCGCUAUGGUAACUGGCACAAGAACAGGGGUCCCACAGAGAUGAAGACAGGGCCCAGGAUCAUUGUCUUUAUUAUCGGAGGGAUGACGUACAGCGAGAUGCGGUGCGUGUACGAGGUCACUCAGGCCAAUGGCAAAUGGGAGGCCCUGAUUGGUUCCACCCACAUUCUCACCCCGCCUAAGUACCUAAAGGAACUACAGCACCCAGACUUCCUGGAUCCCAACGCCGCACCAGAGGGCACAGAGGAGCCGCCUGCAGAAUGAAAAUUCAUUUGGAAGAUCAACUGAAAUCUUCACCCCUUCUCGCCUUCUGAAGACCCUCAAAGACUUGGAGAAAGAAGUGCAGACCAGUUAAGAAGCUCCUGUAGUGCUCCCUCAGUCCUCAGCUCUUAUAUAACAGCCACACCAAACUGACUCCCCCCUUCCUCCAACUAGCGAUGACACAUUAAAUAUACACUUGAUCUUGUGUAUGACGCAGUAGCUCUUCACUCAUGAACCAAACUUUAACCAAACCAACCAUGUGUUAGAUUUCACAGGUGUGUUGAUGUUGAGUUUGAGUUUAUUGGAAGAGAUUGGGUUUGUGUUGAAUGUUGAAUGUUGUCUGUAUAUUGUGGGAUGUUUAUUUCUUUGGAAAGGUCUGUGCUUUAGUUUAGACGGCUGGAAGUCACACAAGGAUUAUGUGCUAUGAGUGAAAACUGGUGAAAGAGUAUGCUAGGACAAUUAUACCACCGCUUUCCAGUUAUAAUGGAACUAAAUGGUCUUUACUACACUUGAUAUGUGUAUUCACUUCUGUUGUAUUCUGCCCUGUACCAAUACACAACCUUCUUCUUUGAUUUUGUUGGAACAUGCUAGUUUUUAGUGCUUUCCAUGCAAUCAUGCUAUAUUGUACACAUCAUCAGAUUUACAUGAUGUGUCUGACCUCGGAAACGCCAAUGUAAGCUCCUCUGAUGAUAUGUUUAGCUUUAGCUCAAGCAUUUUGAAAGAAAAAAUAGUUGGAUUGUCUCCUGUGCAUUUCAAUCAGUAGUGUUUUUGGCUGUGCGCUUUUCUCUUGUAGAGAUUCAGCUUCCUUUGGUUCCCUGUGUUGGACCAUAAUAUUGUCAAUGGUUUUGUGUUGUACGGUAAUUCUCUGUAACUAGUAUUCCACUGUGUAUAAAGAGAGAUGUCAGUAUUAUGACUGUGCUUUUAUGUCCACAUCCGUGAACAAUACUUGCUGCAGGAUGUGUGUUAAGCUAAUAAAGUGGCUUCCUUUGAA